UGUCCCUGCAUCACCGAACUCAUCUUGGUCUCGUGGACGAUACAGUCCUCUAACUGCCCCGUACUAUCUAACACUGUUGCUCUGAAGCUCAUGGGCGAGAGAGCGGAUGGCGUGCUACUACCUGGUGAUUAGCUCCACGCACCUCAGCAACGGACACCUCCGGAGUAUCAAGGGAGUUUUCCGCGGUCCGCUGUGCGCGAACGGCGGCGCAGAAUCUCCGCAGGAUUAUGCUGGAAAGGAGAAAGCCAUAACUAAAACUCUAGAGAACUUGAAGGCCAACUUCUAUUGUGAGCUUUGUGACAAACAGUACAACAAGCAUCAAGAGUUUGACAACCAUAUCAACUCAUAUGACCAUGCACACAAGCAGAGACUUAAGGAGCUUAAGCAAAGAGAAUUUGCACGCAAUGUCUCAUCUAAGAGCUGGAAGGAUGAAAGGAAGCAAGAGAAAGCACUGAAACGGCUCCAUCAAAUUGCCCUGCUCAAGCAGCAAAGGGAUGGUGACCAGGAAAAGAAGAUAGACUUGAUAGCUGCAGGCCAGGACAAGCAGCAAGAGAAAAUAAGACUCAAUAGCAGUGACAAAUCAGGAGAAAAGAACAUUCUAUGCCACAAUCAGAAUCACAGCUCUCCCUCCCCAGACUUAACCACCAAAAUCGCUCAAUCUGCACCAGUGCUUACAAAUCAGUGCUCUCUUCGGGUUAAGUGUUCCUCACUGCUAGCUCAGAGCCCAAAAGGUCACCGGGAUGCCAAGGCAGGCGUCUCAUUCUGUUUUUCCAAAAGGGCUCACUUGAAGCUGGACUCCUGUGCAUCAGUGUUCACUGAUGGCUUGGAUGAAACUAGUGACCAAAAGGAAUUUCAGAGACAUCAGCAGAAGCUGGCCUUGCAGGGUCUCUUGUCCCAAUCUCCCUCACACACACAGGAUGACCAGCAUGUCCAUCUGGAUCCAAUGCCCCUGAACAAUUCCCCACAGAGGGAUCUACAGACAGAUCAGCCGAAUGAGGAAGGUAGUCUGGAGAUGCAGGUAAUGUACUGCACCAUCGAACCACAGAGCCAAAGUUGUCCUGAUUCACAGGGUCAAGAAGUUGGGAAACAGCCACCCAGAUCAAAAGAUAAAGCAGCUAAUAAUGGCCAAACACCCAGACAAGAAAUGACAUUUGAUGGAUUGAUGGAGAGAAACAGCCUGAAUAACACAAGCCUAGAUGGAAAUAACAAUAUGGCUCUUGGCCAACUCAAUGCACAAUACUCAAAACAAGACUUGUUAAAAAGCAGCAAAAAGGAUGAUUUAACGACUGAAGACUGUUUAGCUGCGAGUGACCUAGGCAACAAAACUUUCUUAAAUGUCCUUGGAAAAGAUGGGACAAAGUUAAAAUGGCCUUGUGAACUUGUUCAGUACACCUCGGAUGAACCCCGUGUGUCCUACAGUUGCAAUCCACUCUUCUUGAAUUUCAAAUGCCCAGAAGGCAAAGAAAAAGGCACAGGGGCAGAGAAGACAGAUGUGUGCACUAUCUCAGAUCAACCCAGCAGAGCCAAGGAGCAGAGCCCAAAUGUUUCUAAAGUUAACUUAGGCAUUUUAAAACCAAAGAAACACAAACAUCGGCGAAGAGGAAGAAUUCGGGUGUGUAAAAUAGAUGCUGUUAGGGGACACAGAGUGACCUGUGCACUCAGCAAUGUUUCCCAGUCACCUGCUGAAAGACAAUUGGAAUUCAACAGCAUGCCGGCCAGCAAACUGCGAAUCAAGCAGAAAUGCGCUGAGAAGAGGAAAAAACUCAGGACUAGAAAGGCAUUGAAGGAUGAGCCACAACUAAACCUAAAAAGUAUAAUUGUAAAUCCUUUUUCUGCCCCACGAUGCCGUAGACGGAGGCGUCAAAGGUUGCCUCCGGCUCUACGCCUGGCAAAGCGCAAGGCUCUUUUGCAUGCUACCAUAGAGUCUUCUGUUGGGAGUAGAGAAAAUUACCAGUGGUGUGACAACUUCUGCAAAUCUAAACGGGAUGCUAACGUGACCCCACUCAAGCCGAGCUCAUGGGGUGUCUUGUCGGAAUUGAGGUCUGAUGGGGAAUGGCCUGCUUGUCAAUGGGACAGACAAUGUACUUCUUCUGCAUCAGCUUCUUACUAUCCCAGGAGGAGAGGAUAUAACCAGCCUUGCUCUUACAUCAGAAAAUCUAGUUACAGUUUCCCAUGCUAUGGUUACGGGCACAUGUUAGACAGCCAAGACAAAGAUACUGAACCCAGACAGGAAUACUGCAAUUACAGAGACUCAGAACUCUACAAGGAGAGGAAUUACUAUGGGGUAUGUGACAGUAUCAUAAAGCAGCGAUACAGCAUAAGAAGGCAUAAAAGACACCUCAGGGAGAACAGAUAUAGAGACUGCCGUAACCCUUCUACAAAAAGAUUUUGUUUUUAUAGAGUCUUUGAGGAUGGUGAUGAUCCACAUGACACAGAACGAAACUGGUGGUGCGAGAGACCAAACCCUUAUCUUAAAAGGCAUAAACGAAGAAACAGGUUCUGGUUAAGAUCAGUGGUGAGACAUGACAGGGGGAAUGAGCAAUCCAGUCCUAUUCUCAGACAUAGUCCUGCUUCAUCUAGUAUCACCAGCAUUUCAGACAUUAGUGGAGAUUGCCGCACUUAUAUUAAGCUAUCCAAUUCUGGGCAGAGAGACUUAAAGUGGCCAACAGAAAGAUCUGCCAGGACAAAGCAUUCUCAUUCAAGAGAACACACACCGAAAGAAAAGAGUCAAUCACCAACCUCAACAUCUAUUGAUCAAUCAGAGGCAGUGCAAUCAGACACCCAAACUGAUUUCAGAGGAAAGCUGGAACCUGUUGCACAAAACACCAAAUGCAGUGAUUUGACAAAGCAGAGCACAACACCUGACAAAAAAUGGGCAAACACGAGAAUAUGUACUCUUUCACUUCCCUUGAUUGGUAAACUCCCCUCGAUAAAGAAAGGAAUAAAACAGGCAGGAACUCAUAAAGACAAAGGUAGCAGUAGCACUUGUUCUGACCAAGUAAAUUCAUAUCCAAAUGAUCAUUCAAAAUCUGAAAGCCAAGCAGUUUUUGAAAGUUCACAUAUAGCUACACAAAAUUCAACCUCGUCCCAAUUAUGUCCAUCUUUAACUGAUCAAAAAACAGUGGAAUCUUGUUCAAGCUCAGACGCACAGAAAGAUAAGUCCAUGGCUCGUGAAAACUUCAGAGUUCCGGAAAAGACAUCAGACAAAUCACCAGAUAAUCCACCACAGAGUUGCUUGAUACCUCCCUUGACUGAGAAACCUAUAACAUUCACUGAAGAAGAGAUGGACAAGUACAGACUUCUUCAACUUCAAGCCCAGCAGCAUAUGCAGCAGAAACAUCUCCAAGAGCAACAUGACAUGCCAAGAAGUUCAUUUGUUCCUCAGAUGGACCAACUACCUAUUCCUGGUCCAGAGCCUUCAAAUCAGACUGUCCCAGCCCCCUGUCUCUCGUACACCAUACAUCAGAAUGGAUCACUAUCAGCUUUCUCUUCCUUCAUCUCCUGUCCUUCAGCCUGUUUGGCAUCCCGCAAUUCCCCAUCUGCCCAGCCUCCUCUCCGUCCCACUCUCUCACAGUCCCACUUCACCCCUCUUCCAUUUCCUACUGUGUUCUACCCAGCUUCUCCUGCAGUAAUGCUGGCAACACACCCUCUCCACCUUAUUUCAGCAGCACCCCUUCAUCCUCAUUCUCACAUUGCUGGCCUAACACUUCACCCCUCACCACAUGCCUCAUUGCUCCCCUCUAUGCUUACCCCAGCAGCCAUGGUAGCUGGCAGGAGUCUGCAAAUUCACCCUACACCACAGACUCUGUUCCCUCAUCAGGAUCUUCAGCAUCACCCUGGUAUUGCUAGCUAGGUGUUGUGAAGAAAACAACAAAUCUAAAAGGGAAAUGUGACAAAUAUGUGAGAAAUUAAGAGGUCUAUCCUUGGUACUUUUAAGUGCUAUUGGACUAGCACUUUUUGAUGUUUGUUUUUGACUUGGCCAAAGGUUUUAGUGUAUUGCUUGUCUUCUCAUUUAUUUCAUACUAUAAUUGUUUGAAUGUCAAUCUGCUAUGUAUGUAAAUGGCAGUGCAGCGAAGCACUGGUCUCCCUCUAAAAUCAUAACUUCUUUAAGUUCAAUUGAUGGGAUUUUUUUACUUGGCUUAAUCCUUGAUAUUAAUUUUUGUCAAAUAGCAAUUUGACCCAAGUCCCUUUCGAUUAGUGCACUGCAAACAUUAUUUGCAUGUCAUAAAGCAGGAUUGAGAGGUUAUUUUCAUCGAUAUCUGAGCACCAGAGGUAAUGUCAGAGUGCAAAAACGUAUAGAUUUGGGCAUGUAUGGAAAUGAAAUGGAGGGAUAUACAGUAUAAUGAAGUGUAAACAGAAAGUGAUUUGUUGUGUCCUUAAACUAAAGCAUACUCUAUUCUAUCUUUCAGUACAGUUAGGUGAGGUGAAAGACUGACUUAUUAGACUAUAAUACAGAGUUGUAAUAAUGCAAUAAUACAGUUUUCAAUCUAUUCAAAGGUCUAAAACCUUCAAUAGUAUUUAUGUACUGUACUUUCUAAUGGAAAAUGCAUUUAAAAAAAUACAUUUUAACAACAUAAGUUGUGUAUAAACUGCACUUGUCUGAAUUAUCUAUGUUCCAGAGACUUUGUAUUUACUCUUAUUUUGUUAGAGCCAAACAUUUUGUGACCUGUAAGAUAAUGUCAUGAUAAUAAAUUUAAUGUAAUCUUGUAAACUCUGUAUCUUGUCAUUGCUGCUGUUUGAUCUAAAAAAUAAGACAGAAUUACUGUAUCAUAUGAUUUCCAGUGU